AUGGACGUCCCCGGCGUCUUCCCGGAACCGCUGCCUCCACAGGUCUUCACGACUGGAGCGCAGCUGCUGGAUCUUACUGAUAAGAAGCUUGUCAUCGUGCUUCGAGAUGGGCGGAAGCUUAUUGGGACUUUAAGAAGUUAUGAUCAAUACGCGAACCUUGUGCUCCAGGAUACCAUCGAACGGUUAUAUUCCCAAAACCUUUAUGCCGAUGUUCCACGAGGAUGUUAUAUCGUUCGUGGAGAGAACGUUCUAUUAUUAGGAGAGAUCGAUCUUGAUAAGGAAGACGACACUCCCCUGAAACAAGCAACCGUCGACGAAAUAUACGACGCUCAACGUGCAGAAAAUGCCUACAAAAAGCAGAGAGAGAAGAAGAAGGCUAAGAAGCUCCAUAGUCUCGGGUUUGAGGCGGAGAAUGAGAGGGUAGAUUUCAAAACUGGAGAGUUGUAUUAUGAGAUUGGAGGGAAGAGGUAUGAUGGGGUGCAAGGGGGUGAUGAUUCAGAAGAUUCAAUAACGUCGACGCUCUCGACUGUAUUGGAAGAUCCUGAUGGUGAAGAGGAAGCAGAAAGGGAAUACAGUUUUACUCAUGGAGAGGAAGAUGAGGGAGGUGAUGUCGGAGAAGAAGCGUAUGAAGAGGACGAAAGCGGUGAAGCUGACGGAACUAAGAGGAGAGGAGGUGGGGAGAGAUCCAAUGAUGUUGGGGAUAACAUCAAUGAAUACGGAGAGUUCAACAAUAGAGGAGGUAUCCAGCUAGGGGGCAACUUUAACUGGUGGGCAAAGCGCCAGAACUGA